CAUUCGUUACCACCACUAUCUCUCUCCCUCACUAUAAAUACCCCUCCCCUUUGAUUCCACAACACUCCUUCAUCUCCAACCUCUCUGCGAUUAACAUCUCUAGAUCGGAAUCUCGUUUACCAACCAUGGCCGCAGCCGCGAUCGAGAAGCUCCCUCAGCUCAAAUCCGCUACCGAUGGACUUAACGAGAUGAGUGAUAACGAGAGGAGCGGAUUCAUCAACCUCGUCUCUCGCUACCUGAGCGGUGAGGCUCAGCACAUUGAGUGGAGCAAGAUCCAGACUCCUACUGAUGAGAUUGUUGUUCCUUACGAUAAAAUGGCUAACGUCUCUGAAGAUGCUUCCGAGACUAAGUAUCUGUUGGACAAGCUUGUUGUGCUAAAGCUUAAUGGAGGUUUGGGAACGACGAUGGGAUGCACUGGUCCAAAAUCGGUUAUCGAAGUUCGUGAUGGUUUGACAUUUCUUGACCUGAUUGUUAUCCAGAUCGAGAAUCUCAACAACAAGUAUGGAUGCAAGGUUCCCUUGGUUCUCAUGAACUCAUUCAAUACCCAUGAUGACACACAAAAGAUUGUGGAGAAGUACACCAACUCAAAUGUCGAUAUUCACACUUUUAAUCAGAGCAAGUAUCCUCGUGUUGUUGCUGACGAGUUUGUGCCAUGGCCUAGCAAAGGAAAGACUGACAAGGAUGGCUGGUAUCCUCCCGGUCACGGUGAUGUAUUCCCAUCCCUCAUGAACAGUGGCAAGCUUGAUGCUUUCAUAUCACAGGGUAAGGAGUAUGUGUUCGUUGCCAACUCAGACAACUUGGGCGCUGUCGUCGACUUAAAAAUCUUGAAGCACCUGAUCCAAAACAAAAAUGAGUACUGUAUGGAGGUGACACCAAAAACCCUAGCUGAUGUAAAGGGAGGAACUCUCAUCUCCUACGAAGGAAAAGUACAGCUACUGGAGAUUGCUCAGGUACCUGAUGAGCAUGUAAAUGAAUUCAAAUCAAUUGAGAAAUUCAAGAUUUUCAACACGAACAACCUUUGGGUUAACUUGAAAGCCAUCAAAAAGCUUGUGGAAGCUGAUGCGCUUAAGAUGGAGAUCAUCCCUAACCCGAAGGAAGUCGAUGGAGUCAAAGUUCUUCAACUGGAAACUGCAGCUGGUGCUGCGAUAAGGUUUUUUGAAAAUGCAAUCGGUGUCAAUGUACCGCGGUCACGGUUCUUACCAGUGAAGGCAACUUCAGACUUGCUUCUUGUUCAGUCUGAUCUGUACACUCUCGUGGAUGGCUUUGUCACACGAAACAAAGCUAGAACAAACCCCACAAACCCAGCGAUCGAAUUGGGACCCGAAUUCAAAAAGGUGGCGAGCUUCCUUAGCCGGUUCAAGUCCAUCCCGAGUAUAGUUGAGCUGGAUAGCCUUAAGGUCUCUGGUGAUGUCUGGUUUGGCUCAGGCGUUGUUCUCAAGGGCAAAGUGUCGGUGAAGGCAAACUCCGGGACAAAACUUGAAAUUCCCGAUAAUGCGGUGGUCAAGGAUAAGGACAUCAACGGUCCAGAGGAUCUGUGAAGAAAAGUUUAAAGAUCCCUGAUGCAGUCUUCUUCUGUCUUCCUCUUCUUAUUAUACGUGAAAGCACUUUUGAUUGAACUUUUUUCAAGGUAAAAGAUUCCCAAGAAUAACACAGUGAUGUUUUCUUUAUCUUCUUUUUACGGAACUAUUUUCUUCUCUUUCCCUACUUGAGUUUUUUUUUCUUUCAUUUUUUAUGGUUGGGAUACUCUUCUAAAUAUUAUCAAUGGAGAUGUUAGUGAAAACAUCAGUUAAAAAUAA